AUGCCCUGGCUGGCCAGGAGCCGUCCCCUCUUCCCUGCAGCCUUGCUUACUGCCUCCUGGUGGGGAAAGGUUCUGGAGGGAGGCAGGGCUGCCCCCAGGAAUGGGAGAUGCGUGAUGGCGCCGGUGCGCGCCGUGGUCCGCCUGCGCCGCCGGGUGUGUCUGCAGCGCAAGCGGCGCGUCCUGGGGCCUCCCGCGGGGCCCGAGGCGGCGGUGGCGGCGGGCGCACCGGGGCCGGGCGGCGGCUCCCCCGGGCAGCCGCGGUUCUUCACGUUCGACGACCCCGCGGCCUUGCCCGCCAGGACGCCCCGCAAGCGUCGCCGGCGCAGCCGCGUGGUGCUGUACCCGGACGGCGCGCGCAGGUGUCGGCCCCGCGCCGAGCGCCGCAGCAGCCGCGCGCAACGCUGCCUCCUGCUGCUCGUGGCCAUCGUGGGCUUCCAGGUGCUCAACGCCAUCGAGAACCUGGACGACAACGCGCAGCGCUACGACCUGGACGGGCUGGAGAAGGCCCUGCAGCGCGCCGUCUUCGGGCAGCCGGCGGCCGUGGCGCGCAUCGUGGCGCUGCUGCGGGACUACCUGGCCACGCACGUGCACAGCCGCCCGCUGCUCCUGGCGCUGCUCGGGCCCAGUGGCGUGGGCAAGAGCCACGUGGGCCGCCUGCUGGCCGGCCACUUCGGCGCGGUGCUCGAGGACCGCUCGCUCGUGCUUCAGUACCACGCGGGCCACCACUGUCCGGAGGCUCGCGCGGUGCAGCUCUGCGGGGACGAGCUGGAGCGCAGCGUGGCCGACGUGGUGGCCCGCGCAGAGGCCGAGGAGAAGACGCCCCUGGUGCUGCUGGACCAGGUGGAGCUGAUGCCCGGCGCACUGCUGGACCGGGUGCUGGGCCUCCUGCAGCCCCAGCGCCCGCACCCGUUCCAAAACGCCAUCUACGUGCUGCUGAGUGGGGCGGGCGGCGCCGAGGUCACGCGCUUCGUGUUGCAGAACGUGACACGCGCGGCGCCUGGAGAGACCCAGGACGAGGCCCACGCAGGCCCCCGGGCGCACCAGACUGACAUGGAACUGCGCGCGGGGCUGCGGGCGCUGCUGGCAGGUGCCCACCCGCUGUGGCAGGCCGCGGCCAUCGUGCCCUUUCUGCUGCUGGACCGGCACAGCGUCGUGAGCUGCUUCCAAGAGGAGAUGGCCGGGGAGGGCUUCUUCCCUGAGCAGGCCCGGGCCGAGCGCCUGGCCGCGCAGCUCAGCUACUACCGCGUGGCCGGCCACGAGUUCGCCGUCACUGGCUGCAAGCAGGUGGUGGCCAAGGUGAACCUUCUAUAG